ACGAUGAUAACAAAGAAGAAGUAGUUUCAAAUAGUAGUAGUAGCGGUAGCAAUAAUAGAGAUGCAAGAAGCACUGAAAGAAGCACUGAAGAUGACACUAAUAGAAAUUAUGACGAAUUGUAUGAUGAUUAUGAUGAAUCCCAAAACAAAACCGACAAUAAUAAUGAAGAACAUGACAAUUCUGGUGAUGCAAAUGAUAUUUCUG